AUGAUGGAAGACGAAUUGAUGGAAACAAGAUCUACCUCUGCUGUUCUGCGUCGAAUCCGUCCAUUGGCGGGAUCUUACAGAUAUUAUCCAUACCAAGCGACGGUCUCUGGGAAGGAGGACAUUAAAAAAGAGGUUGUACAACUCGGAGUUGAGCUCUCACUCUCUAAAGGCUGCUUCUUGUUAUUCAAUGGAGUGUAUCAUGAUGGUGGAAAGUCGGUCCAAUGGGAGCUGAUUAGAACCACUUGGACGGAUUUUGCUGACGGAAUCAUAGUUUUGCAUCGUCUCCAUAUGCUUCUCAGAAGAAAAGUUUGCUCUUUUGAAGAUCGCCUGUUAUCCUCGGCUAUUCAAAAAUGUAAGCAACAAGUGCUGAAGAAGCUAGAGGAUAAAUUGAGUCCCGCAAACCAUGUUUCAAAGGCUAAUGGGUUUGCAAGAGAGACGAUAAAGUCUGUCAUUUUUGACUUGUGGAGAUCUCUGUUUGAUGAAGAACUAAUAUCCAACGAGAGAAGGAUUGGGAUUGUUGCUGACCUGUUUACGCCUCUUUUGGGUAAACCAGAGCGUAGGGAGAUACGGGCACUGCCCGUAUGUUCUCCUUACAUUCUAGGGAAGGAUUUUGCAAUGCAGGAAUUGAAACAGGAGGUUGUGCAACUAGGAGUUGAGCUCUCCCUAUAUGUGGCUCAAUCGAUGUUCUUGCUGUGUGAUGAUACUCGUACUAUGUUAGAAUUCUGCUUUAUGUUCUGUAAAGGUGUAUUGCGGUACCGUAAUCCCGUGUUAGAAAGGCUGCUUCUUGUUAUUCAUUAUGUUUACUCAAACGAGAUCAAACCGAAGAAUGGAGUGUAUCAGGAUGGUGGAGACUCGGUCCAAUGGGAAUUGAUUAGAACAACUUGGAAGGAUUUUGCUGACGGAAUCAUAGUUUUGGAUCGCCUUGAUAAGGAAUUCAGACGAAAAGUUAGCUCUUUUGAUGACCGACAACUAUUGUCGGCUAUUCAAAAGUAUAAGCUAGAAGUGCUGAAGAAGCUAGAUGAUAAAUUAAGUUCCGUAAAAGAAGUUUUAGAGGCAAAUGGGUUUGCAAGGGAGACUAUAGAGUCUAUCAUUUUUGACUUGUGGAAGUCUCUGUUUGAUGAAGAUGCAACAUCCCAAGAGAUAAGGAGUAGGAUUCUUGUUGACAUGUUUAUGCCUCUUAAGGGUAAACGAGUGCAGGCACUGCCCGUAUGUUCUCCUUACAUUCUAGGGAAGGAUUUUAAAAUGCAGGAAGUAAAAGUGGAGGUUGUGCGACUAGGAGUCGAGCUCUCCCUAUAUGUGGCUGAAUCGAUGUUCUUGCUGUGUGAUGACAUUCGUACUGUGUUAUGGUUUUGCCAUAAUUUAUGGGGAGAAACAAUAAGGGAUGUGAUUAAUGAAAAUCAUGUGACGGAUAGGCUGCUUCGUGUUAUGCAUCAUGUCUACACAAAAUAUAUCAAACGGAAGAAUGGAGUAUAUAAUAAUGAUGGCAAAAAUUCGGUCCAGUGGAAAUUGAUCAGGACGACAGUGGAUCAUUUAGCUUUUGGAUUUAGAGAGCUGGAUCGCGUUGUCUUGUUGCUUAGAGGAGGAGGAACAUGUGGCCGAGAGUCGACGUCUAUUAUUGAAGAAGCGGUGAAGAAGAUAGAGGAGAAGUUGUGGCGUGUGAAGGUUGUUUCAGAGGUGAAUGGGUUUGCGAGGGCUGUGAUGGUGUCUAAUAUUUUGGACUUGUGGAAAUCUUUGUUUGACGAAGAAGCUAAGGAAGCAACAUUGACUCUGAAAGCGAUUAAAAGUAGGAUUAUUCGUCAAUUGUUUGUUCAUCUAUUUAACGAAGUAGCAGCACUUUAG